GGAAGAGAAAAGGAAAUCAUAGUAAUGGGCUCUGAAUAAGCCCAACUGCCAGCUGUUGCUGGAUGAUGAACAGGCCGCAGAGGCGGCUAACUUGUGAGUUAUGGCGGCGGCCGUCUGACGCUGCGGGCUGGAUGAGGGUCAGGAGGCAGCGUAACGUGGCAUCAAUCAACCUCCGCUGCACAGAGGAGGCCUGCUGAGUCAGGGGAGAAUUCCCAGGGCCCACGCAGCAGGGGGAAGAGGCGGAUUAAAUGCCGGCUGUCUACAGCGUUUGGGCUGACGCCGGGACAAAGGAGCUCUUGGACCAACCUCUCAAUCCGUACAAAGGCUCGGAAGCCCAGGAUGGCUACUUCUCCCACCGCCCCAAAGAGAAAAUGCGAACCGACAGCAAUAAUGAAAACUCCGUUCCGAAGGACUUUGAAAAUAUCGACAAUAGCAACUUUGUGCCCCGGACGCAGAGGCAACGGCACGAGCCAGAGCUGGUGAAAAGGCCCCUUAGCAAACAGAAAGAGCAUUUGAGGAGAAAACUGGAACAGGAGGAGAAAGUGAAGGAGAAUUCUCUCCUGGGCAAGAACUUGAACGAAGCGCUGCCGUAUGGCAAAGAGGCCCCAAAGAACAGCAGCAACUUCAAGGAUAUUCACAGAGCUCCCAAGCAGCAGCAUUCCAAAAAGGGCGGGAACGGCUCACCUGAAAUCCAAUACGAGCAGCCGCCAAAAUGCGAGAUUUCGGGCAAGGAGGCGAUAUCGGCGUUGUCCAGAGCCAAGUCCAAGCAGUGCCGGCAGGAGAUCGCCGAGAUGUACUGUCAGCACAAGCAGGCGAAGCUUAUGCCGGAGCAGGUGACACGUUUCUGUCCUCUGGAAGGAAAAGCCAGCAACAGUGUGCAGUGGGACGAGGACUCCGUAGAGUACAUGGCGGCCAACCCUGUCAGGAUUGCUUUUGUCUUGGUUGUUCAUGGCAGAGCUUCUCGGCAGCUGCAGCGCAUGUUUAAGGCUAUUUACCAUAAAGACCAUUUUUAUUACAUUCAUGUCGACAAGCGAUCCAGUUACUUACACCGGCAAGUUCUCCAGUGUGCCAGCCAGUACCCGAACGUGAGAGUCACCUCUUGGCGCAUGGCGACUAUCUGGGGAGGAGCGAGCCUUCUGUCCACCUACCUGCAAAGCAUGCGCGAUUUAAUGGAAAUGAAGGAUUGGCCGUGGGAUUUCUUCAUCAACCUCAGUGCGGCUGACUAUCCAAUCAGGACCAACGAGCAGCUUGUCGCCUUCUUGUCCAGAUACCGUGAUAUGAACUUCUUGAAGUCACACGGAAGGGACAACGCCAGGUUUAUUAGAAAACAAGGUUUGGAUCGGCUGUUCCUGGAAUGCGACAUGCAUAUGUGGCGUCUGGGAGACCGGAAAAUUCCUGAAGGGAUCACGGUCGACGGGGGUUCGGACUGGUUCCUCCUGAACAGGAAGUUUGUGGAGUAUGUCACGUUUUCUAGCGACGACCUAGUGACGAAGAUGAAGAGGUUCUAUUCGUACACGUUGCUUCCAGCGGAGUCCUUCUUCCACACCGUCCUGGAAAACAGCCCUCACUGCAACUCCAUGGUGGACAACAAUCUGCGUAUCACCAACUGGAACCGUAAGCUGGGCUGCAAAUGCCAGUACAAGAACAUCGUCGACUGGUGCGGCUGUUCUCCCAAUGACUUCAAGCCUGCGGAUUUCCACCGCUUCCAGCAAACCACCAGGCCGACCUUCUUCGCACGCAAAUUUGAAGCUGUGGUGAAUCAAGAAAUUAUCGGCCAACUGGACUAUUAUUUAUAUGGCAACUAUCCGUCCGGCACACCGGGCCUUCGGUCAUACUGGGAGAACGUGUACGACGAACCAGACGGCAUCCACAGCAUCAGCGACAUCGCGCUGACCAUGUACCAUUCAUUUUCCCGCUUGGGUCUGCGGAGAGCGGAGGCCUCUUUCCACGCCGACAGAGACAACAGCUGCCGGUACUACCCAAUGGGCCACCCAGUUUCAGUCCACCUCUACUUCCUGGCUGACCAUUUUCAGGGCCUCCUCGUGAAGCACCACGCUACCAAUUUAGGCGCCAGCAAACUGGAAACCUUAGAAACAUGGGUGAUGCCCAAGAAGGUCUUUAAGGUCGCCAGCCCCCCGAGUGAUUUCGGCAGGCUGCAGUACUCAGAGAUUGGAACUGAAUGGGAUGCCAAAGAGAGGAUAUUUCGGAACUUUGGUGGACUUAUGGGGCCCAUGGAUGAACCCAUCGGCAUGCAGAAGUGGGGAAAAGGUCCGAACGUCACCGUCACCAUCAUCUGGGUGGACCCCGUAAAUGUCAUUGCCGCUACCUAUGACAUUCUCAUAGAAUCCAGCGCUGAGUUUACUCACUACAAGCCACCUUUGAAUUUGCCCCUCCGGGCUGGAGUCUGGACGGUGAAAAUCUUGCAUCACUGGGUACCCGUCGCUGAAACCAAAUUCUUGGUGUCUCCGGUGACGUUUUCCAACAAGCAGCCCAUCAGACAAGAUGAAACCCUGAAGUUACACGGCGGACCCCCAAAUAACGCCUACAUGGAGCAGAGCUUCCAAAGCCUGAACCCCGUUCUAAGCAUUCCCCUCAAUGCCGCCCACGUGGAGCAGGCGAAGAAGAACGCCGCCCUCAUUGGCUCCAAGCUGGAGAACUGGGUGGACAGCUUGGUGGGCAGUGUGUGGUCGGCGGUGGACAUUUGUAGCACGGGGCCCACGUCGUGUCCGGUCAUGCAGGCUUGUAGCCAGACUUCGUGGAGUUCACUGAGUCCCGACCCGAAGUCUGAGCUGGGCCCCGUCAAACCCGACGGGCGGUUGAGGUAGCAUCUGGUGACGCCUGAAAGGUUGAAACACUUAAAAGGGAAUUUAACUUUGCGCUCUCGUGACUCGGGAUACAUUUGCACUUGAGAAAUAUUUCAGCCGGCUGUAAAGCAGACACGUUUUCUCAAAGGAAACUUCGCUUUCACGGGGAUGCUGAGAAUUCCAAAAAUGCCAGAAAUUUCUUCAUAGGGUUAUUGGAGAUCAAGAUCGGGCAGAGAAGGCUAGUGCCGUUAAAAUAUAUGUUUAACCUUCUACACCCAGGUCUCUGGUUUCAAAACUCAAUCCUGAGCCUUUUUUGUAAAAAGGAAGGUGUUUCAGAACUGAAUGGCGAUACGGUUGCUAAACGAGGGGUCCGUUUUCCUCCUGCACCCCGGUGCCUUGAAUUGUAAAUUCUUCAGAGGCCUGAUCCUAAAAUACGUGUGUGUGAUCAUCACUCGUAGGUAACCUUGAAAAUGCAUGAGUAGGAAUGAGUUAAUGCCCGGUAUUAAAAGCUGCUGUAGCAAGUGGGAGAGUCGUGCAUUUCUGCAUCAGAUCUUUUGACUCUCCAACAGGCUUCGAUGCCAGUAAUACUUGGACAUUGCAAAUUGCUGGGAUCCGAAGCGGAAGCACGUAGCUUCUGUUAACGUUCACAUGGCAUUGUAAAACCAGCUUUCAUUUCCAGUUGAGGCUUUUUUUGCCUAAGUCGUGAGAUUUUCCCCACUUCCUCCUAUUCAGUUCCCAUCCCGCAAGCCUCGACGGCGUUGAAAACUUUUUACGGGCUCAACGAUAAAACGGCUAGUUAAUUGCGUCAAAUGAAACCUCCUCUCUUCCCCAUUUUGUGCCCGUAUCUAACUCUCGUGCCUACUAAUCAGAGUUAAGCCCAGGGCGUUGGAAGGGCAAAUGGAUCCUCGGGUCACGACCGAGCGAGGAGCAAAGGCUGAAUUCCCUUUUAAAAGAUGGCUGCCGUCCGGUUGAAUGUACGAGAUCCUGAGAGCUUGCUGUUUUUCCUCACUUCUAGUAUUUGGUUUGAAGCUACUACCGUUUGCUUUGGACUUCUGAAAUCGCAAUGUCAGCUGUGCUGGCGCGGAGGCGGAGCAUUCCAAGGUUGGCUGGAGCAAAGAGGCUGCUUAGGGAGGGGAGAGUUUAGGUAUUUAUUUGUGUUUUAGUCAAUGACUAAUUAGUAGGUGCUGCUUGUGCAGCUUGGAGAUUAUCUUCUCUUACUAACGAAAGCUGCCUUUAUUAAGAAAAGGCCUUUUUAAAUAUAUCCUGUCGUCCCGAUUCCCCGUUUUCUUUCUGCCUUCUUGGUUUCCACUCUUGCAACAGUUGUUCAGUACAGAACUAUUCCUUGGGAUUCCAGUUGCUCAAUGCAAAAAAGAGAGAGAGAGAGAGAGAGAAGUAGAGAGAGAGAGAGAAAAAAAAAACCCUUCCAUGAGAAACCCAUCCAACCAGCUGUAUCAACCCCCAUUUUCCUAGCAGCGUGGCAUUCUUGGGACAGAAUAAAUGGCUUUUCAUCUAGCAUUCCAUCGCCUGAGUCAAGCUUAGGACCAGUUAAGGUGUGGUGACGGGGGCUCUUUGAAUGGAUCACCGCCCCCCGCCCCCACCCCCCGUAGCACAGAGGGGGUAAGCUGCAAGUACUGCAGUGGAAAGCUCUUCUCGCGACCUGAGUUCGAUCCCGACAGAAGUCGGAUCAAGGUUGACUCAGCUGUCUACCUCCUUCCAAGGUUAGUAAAAUGAGAGCGCCCAGCUUGCUGGGGUAAUGUGCAGAAGACUGGGGAAGACAGUGGCAAACCACCUCGUAAACACAGUGGUAAACCACCUAGUGGCAAACCACAGUGGCAAACCACCUAGUAAACGUUGUGAUAUGACACCACUCCACGGGUUGUAAUGACCCAGUGCUUGCAAAGCCUUUACUUUUUAAAAAAGAAUUUCUGGGACCACUGGACAGGGGAAUUGGCAUUUUUCCCACAUCACUUCACAGUUUGAAUCCCCUCUGCAAGGUACUUUGUACUCGCAGAGGGGACAGUGUACCGGAUACGAUCUUUUCCCCACCUGGGGGAAAUAAUAGAUGGUAGAAAUGGCAUGAAGGAAGGCCGAGAGCCCCCUCCAGAGCUGGGGUGGGUGGGGAAUCCAUCCAUAGGAAUGGCGGGGCAGCCACACCGUUGGAUUCGGCCUCUCCCGGGCACUUACCCUGGUGGAGGGGCAAAACCAGAGGUGGGAUCCAACCAGUUCUCACCACUUCUCUAGAAGUAGUUACUAAUUUUUUCUGAGUGCCGAGAAGGGGUUACUAAAGCAACCUCCCUGCCCAAUAGGGACUGGAGGUCCGUGUGUGCGGCGGCGCCACUGUUUGGAUCCCACCCCCAUCGGAACCUGUUAUUAAAAUUUUUGGAUCCCACCACUGGGAAAAACUGCCACCAUGUGACCGCUUCUGUCCUCCCCGGUGAUGAGAUGCAGUGCCGGACGUUGCAGCAGUGUCCCUGUGCCUCUGCCGCUGGCAUAGUGGGGGCCGGCCGGGGCGGGAGAGGAGCCAACAUCAGUCAGCUCCCUCCCAGCCUUUGCCGGCGUUGUGCUGGUGGGCCGCAAUCCAGAUUGAAGCCGGCCUUUUGAGGCUUCUCGGCAGCAGGGAGGCUGUUGCACUGUGUGGGUCUCUUCACGCCGCUGGGAAGCCUAUUUGGGAGCCACGGGGCAUCGGUGCCGCUACUUGAGUCACAAGAAACCUUUCCCUGCCCUGCAGCCUCACCUGCACAGCUUUAAAAAAAACAAUGGCGGGUCCAUUCAUGAAUCCCUCGUGGCCACACCCAAGCGGUCCCUGAAGAUUGAUUCACGCACGCACGUUUCCUUGCUUGGCGAGCUGGCGUCUGAGCAGGCUUUCUUGUUGCGUCUGGGAUGAAGUGAUGUGGUGUGGAAGUGCCGUCUGUUGACCUGUGAGGGGCGGCUUUGCACGCCUGGCAUAAAUCCACAAAUGAGCCUGUGUCUAUCGGCCGGGCCAGACAGAUUUUGUCCCGAGGAGAAGAUUCGCAUGCUGAGCGCUGAUGAUUCCAAUUUGGUGUAUCGUCAAAGGCUUUCACGGCCGGAUUCAAAUGGUUGUGGUGGGUUUUCCGGGCUGUGGGGCCGUGGUCUGGUGGAUCUUGUUCCUAACGUUUAGCCGGCAUCUGUGGCCGGCAUCUUCAGAGGUGGAUCCACUCAGGGGCCUGAGUUAGGAAGCACAUGCUGGAUCUUGAACUCCUUAGAGAUGUUGGUUUCCUCCCCCCCAACUGGCUGAGUGUUGAGUUAUUUGAAAACAAAUAAGCACUGCUUCCGAUGCACCAUCUCAUCUGAUUGGUUUUUCGCGACUGAUCGUGUGAGCAGCCUCCAAGGACCAAGUGGUGCGGGGAGUGUGAAAGCUCAGUUUGUGGAAUUGGACGGUUCAUGAGCCCAAGUCAGGUCAGCAGUUCCUAGAUGUGGCAGUCGUUGUGUGUUGACUGUGUGUGUGUGUGUGUGUGUCAUGAGUGUGUGCGUGCGUAUCUCUAUGAACUUUUGCAAGAACCUCUUGUUCGCAAUCUGCCAGGGAACAUUGGGCCCUAAAAUAUACAUGCCUCGUGUUAUAUUAAGCAAACUGUAGGCGUCUCUUCACAGUGCAAAUUAUUCUUAAUUCUCUUCCUGCUGGUUCUGCGGAUUCAAGAGGUGGUUGAUAGACCUGGCCCUCCGCACUCGCUUGGAAAGCAUUGAAGUCCUCGACGGCUUCGUGUCGCAGGAGCAAUUUGCUCUGCUGGUUUCCUGGACAAAUUCGAGGGCUGGGCAAACCGGCAGGGCCCUGCACCUUUGCCCGUGUCCCGCCUUUGUCAUUUUGUCUGUCUCGCUGCCUCUGCGCUCUUCCCGCUUCGGCCUGGUUCCCUUCUUCUGCUGACCGGUGCUACCCAAGUGCUACCUCACUAGUACUGGCAAAUGCGUUUCCCUGCCAAAAGGAAAACGAGAACGGAAAGAUCUCCUCCGAGCUGAAUGUACAAUCUAUGCAAAAUCCUCUCUUAUUUUGGUAAUUAAAAGAAAAGAAAGGAGAAAAAGAACUAUUAUGUAUUAGAACUUGUAAUCUUGCCAAAUAAAUAGCAAGUUUCUGUACAGGUGCCUCUGAUAGCAGAGCGGUUUGGCGCAGUUCAUUGUGCCGUUCUUUGUAUAUUAUAAAGACUUGUCUUUUGGUUCCUUUGUGAUCGGAAAUCACCUUUAAUGGGGUGGGGGGGGAGGGAAGAUGGUCAUCUUGCUUGUAAAGGACAGCAUCUUCUGUUUGCUGGAAUGUCCCACGAGGAAAUCAAAAUGUGUUUUAUUCUGUGUUAAUCGCCAGGCUUUUUUUGGGAUUAAAACAAAAGGUUGUGUCUUAAGCUGUCAGUUGAGAUUUCCCUAUGGGUAAAUCUGUUCAUUUGGACUUCCUGCGACUCAGCGUUCGUGCCACGGCAUCCUCUGAGUGGCCCUUAGGAAAAGCCUUAAGUUCCUUCAUUUUUCUUCUUUCUUUCUUUAAAUGUGGCCUUAAAAACUGUGUUUGGAAGUUCUAGCUGUUGUACGUUCUUUCUCUGUUGACCUUGUCAAUGUAUUAAAGGCACCUUGAGA